AUGAGCUUCCUGCUGCUGCUGGGCGGCUUCAGGCUGGAGCAGGCGAGGACCAACGAUGCCGGUUCUGCUGGUCCAUCAGGAGGCCCAUCGGGUCAGAACCCAGCGAUCCAUGAACAGCAGGAUCUCCUAAGAGGUUCUGCUCUUCUGGAUCCAGAUCACACUAGACCAGAACCCGUGCAGAGGUUCCCCUCCCCUCUCAGCAGGUUCUCCUGGCUGAUGGUGGGAGGUUUGGACCCCGAUGCCGGUCUGGUUCUAGUAGGACACUACUCCUGUUUCUCCCGCCUCGUUCCCCUGAAGCUGCUGAGUGAUCUGAAACAGGAGCUCCAGUUGAGCCUGGCCGUCUGGGACGAGGACUUCACCUCUGAUCAUCAGCAGGUGGAGGAAAAGCCUGAUCUGGCCUCGGACUCCGAGUCAAACCAGAACGCCUCCAGUAUCGGUGGGAGGAGUCAGACUGAGGGGUGUCCGGACCUGCAGGAGAGCAGCAUCAUCCAGGUCAAAUUCCCGCCUCCUUAUCUACGGAGCGGUACCAGUCCAACCGGGUUUAUUGAGGCGGUCGUUAAAGUGGAAGAGGAAGAUCCUCUGCCGAGCACCUCCGCCCAGCAGGAAGAGGCUGGGGAAGACUUUGCAGUUUCCUCUGAAGCCGACAGCGAAGAGGAGUGGAGGUCAAGCUCCCAGUCCAAAAGGCAAAUUAGCACCAAGAAGAAGAAGACAAAGGCAAACAAGAGGGUUCCUCAUCCUCCAGUCGCCCCCAAACUGAACCCCUCCAAAAAGAACAAGUCUCCCAUCUGCUGCAAAAUCUGUGGCAGAGCCUUCCUCCUCACCGUGUCUCUGGUGAACCAUGUGCAAGUUCACUCCAAGGACAUCUGCGGCGUGUGCGGGGAACGCUUCGAUGGCGAGGAGAGGUUCGACGCUCACCUGAAAACACACGUCAAGGCGGAGAGCUGCAGCGUCUGCGGGAAGUGCUUCACCAGCUGCAGCGGUUUGGAGAUCCACAUGAGGAUCCACACGGGGGAGAAGCCGUUCGUCUGCAGCGAGUGCGGGAAGCGCUUCACCACCCGGGCCAACAUGGCCCGGCACGUCCGAACCCACACCGGCGAGAGGCCGUACACCUGCACCGUGUGCGGCAGAAGCUUCAACGACUACACCACCAUGAAGCGCCACCUGUUCCUUCACUCUGCCAAGAACAGCCACCUCGGAGAGUCCUCGUGCGAAAACGGCGACGGGAAGAGUCCGUCCUUCAGAAAACCACGCGCUGUCUGCAAGGUGUGCGGCAUGUCGUUCCACUCCGUGGUCUCCCUGCUGAACCACGGCAAACAGCAUGAGACGGUGCUCUGCUAUGUGUGCGGCGAUCACCUCGGCUCCUUGGACAGCUUAGCGGCUCACCUGGACACUCACAAAAACGGGAAGGUGUGCGACGUGUGCGGGAAGUGUUUUGACAGCCAGGGACACCUGGAGAUCCACAUGCGGAUCCACACUGGAGAGAAGCCAUUUGUCUGCACCGAGUGCGGGAAAUCCUUCACCACCCGGCCUCACCUGGUGCGGCAUAAGAGAAUCCAUACCGGGGAGAGGCCCUACACCUGCAGCUUCUGCGGUAAAACCUUCAACGACUACACCACCCACAAGCGGCACCUGCUGAUCCACAUCAAGAAGUCCAGCGUGGAAGGCAUCCCUGUGGGUCCAAGUGACCACAGUGAGACCAGUUCCAAUAAGAAACGCCGGCAGGUGCCCUGCAAGGUUUGCGGGGUGACCUUCUGCUCCAAAAUCUCUCUGGUGAAUCAUGCCAAAAUCCAUGCCACGGACCUCUGCGGCGUCUGUGGCAAUCAGUUCGUGUCGAAGGAAAACCUCAAACUUCAUCUGAAAACCCACAUCAGCAAGAGGGUGUGCGACGUGUGCGGGAAGUGCUUCGACUCUCUGUUCCACCUGAAGGUGCAUCAGAGGGUCCACACCGGGGAGAAGCCGUUCACCUGCAGCGAGUGCGGCAAGUCAUUCAACUUCCGGCAGAACAUGCUGCGCCACGCCAGGUGCCACACGGGGGAGAAGCCGUACGUGUGCACAGUGUGCGGCCGCGGCUUCAGCGACCGCAGCUUCCUCACGCAGCACCGGAACACGCACACGGGUGAGAAACGACACCGCUGCCAGGUCUGCGGGAACACCUUCAACCGGAAGACCUACGUCAGGCUCCACAUGAAGAAGGUUCACACAGCAGAGAAAUACCAGAAGAAGAUGGAAGAUUGAGCUGUUUGACUCCCAAAGAUCCGUCUCAACUUCAGAACUGCGAUGGAAACUUUCAUCCAUGUCAACUUCACCCUGUUUUGAUGAAUAACAGCGGACCUUAGAAACAUUGAUCGGGGUUUGGGUCAUUAUUUCGGGGGACUGAGGCGGACCUCCUGUCGUAGGAUGGUCCGGUUCUAUCUUAGGCUGGGCAUACAGUGUACGAUAGGAGAUUCGGCCCCAAAAGGGCGGAAAGUCUUACAGUGUGUGCCCAGCUUUAAAGAUGAUAGAAGGUCCA